AUGCUCAACGUAAUAAAAAGCCAAUUUGUUUGGAAAGAUUGCGGUGCGAGUGAUGCUUAUUUUAGAUUCAAUUCACUCUCUGUCACACCUUUCCCAAUUAACUACCCAGGAUCAGAAGAGGUAAAAAUCGAGGGCACUAUUGUCAAAGACAUACCGGUGGAAAACUUUGAGUUUGUAAUAAACGCUACUAAACUGACCCCGUACAAAAUGCAAAUACCAUGCAUUACUGAUUUUGGAUCAUGUACAUAUGAUUACUGCGAAUACGCAAAGAAAAAGACCCAAGACUUGUACACAAUCUUCGCGCCCAUUGAGUGUCCACUUAAGGCAAACAAAUACUCAUUUGACUUAAAGGACAGGAAACUACCCGAUGUCGGCGAUAUCUUCAAGAAGAUCCUCGAGGGUCAAUUUGAAGCGACCGGCACUUAUAGAAAUGGCAAAACAGGACAAGUCUAUGGUUGUCUUUAUGGUAAAUUUGAAGUAAAGCUAUAGAUAUACUGUAUAUUCUGGCGAUUUUAUUGUUUAAAACAAUGUCUAUUACUAUUGUAUUCAUUUGCAGUAAUGUAUUGUAAUUUGUUAUAAUUAUAAAAAUCAGAAAAAGCAUUUAAAAAUCAUUAAAUUUAAAAUUAAAA